AUGAUUGGACGUGCAGGUCGUCCACAAUACGACACAUCAGCGGUCGCUGUUGUUUUUGUACAAGAUGUAAAAAAGAAUUUUUACAAACGUUUUUUAUAUGAACCGUUUCCUGUUGAAUCAAAUUUACUCCCUGUUCUACCUAAUCAUGUAAAUGCUGAAAUAUGUUCAGGUUCAAUAGUUAAUCGUCAACAGAUUGUUGAAUAUUUGGCUGGAACUUAUCUUUAUAGACGAUUAUUUGCUAAUCCAGCCUAUUACGGCAUUGAACAAUUAAAUAAUAAAGAAUUGACAACAUUUUUGAGCACAACAGUAGAUUCUUGUUUAGUGGAAUUAUGUGCUUCUUAUUGCAUUCUUCCUGAUUUGGAGAAUGAUGGUUAUAUCCAUUCUACCCCUUUUGGACGUAUUGCUAGUCGUUAUUAUUUGGAGCAUCGAACAAUUCGCCAUUUUAAAGACCGAAUAUGCCAAGGAAUGAGUGUUGAACAACUUUUGCUUUGUUUAACGGAGUGUCCAGAAUAUGAAGAAAUUCCUGUGAGACAUAAUGAAGACCAAAUUAAUAGGGAGAUUCAAGUAUUUCUUCCAAUUAAACUUGAGGUUUCCAAUUGGGAGUCAUCUCAUGUAAAGACUCAUUUAUUGUAUCAAGCACACUUUUCCCGUAUGCACCUUCCAGUAGAUUAUAUUACUGAUCAACGUUCUAUUAUUGAAUCUUGUAUUCGUAUUUUACAGGCAAUGUUUGAUUUUUGUAUAGAAAUGCAUUUAUUAAAUACAACAUUAAAUGUAUUAAUUUUACAACAACAAAUUUUUCAAGCACGUUGGUAUACAGAUCAUCCUCUUCUUUGUUUACCUCAUUUAAGUGCCCAUUCAAUUGACGGAAUUGGUCCAUUAUGUUCCAUUCCACAAAUUAAAGAACGUCUUGGAAUUUAUCAAUUAAAUAAUGGACAGAAGCUAAACAAAAAAGAAGAGAAGCGAAUUAUAACUGAAUUGUGUUCUAAAAGUAUUUUAAGCGAAAAAGAAGCUGAUGAGCUUCUCAAAGCACUUUUACAAUGGCCAAUACUUUCUUUAGAGCAAAUUUAUCUUUUACCUCAACAAAAAAAGCAACGUCAAAAAUUUGAAGAAAAAUUAAUUAUAAAUGUGGGAAUGAAUGGAAAAAAUUUGGAGUUUUCUGCGUCAACAAAUUAUAAAAUUUUUGUUUCACUCAGGCUUUGUGGGCCUUAUUUGUCAAAUUCAAACGCUUUUUGCCCAAAAUUUCCAAAGAAAAGAAUGGCAGGUUGGAUACUUCUUUUAGGAGAUGCAACAACAAAUCGUCUUUGGGGACACGAAAGAAUUCCUUCUUUAAUUGAAGAACAAAAAAUUGCAAGACUGAGAAUUUUAACUCCAAAUGAACCUGGUAUUUACCAAUUACUAUUACUUGUAAUUUCUGAUACAUAUUUGGGAAUUGACCAACAAUAUAUGCUCAAUUUUAAAGUUGUAUAA